GUCUCCGAUCUGGCGGUAUUAUGGCCCCGUGGGUUCGGCUGCCAAAAUCAAGCGAGGUUUGAGGGCGCUGGCCAAGAGGUUGAAGCGGCACCAUCUGCAGGAGGGGGGCCUGGCCCUGGGCGAGCGCUGCACCGCCGUCCUCGCCGCUGCGGUACGUCCCGUCCUCUCCAUCCCGCCGGGUUUCCAGCUGGGAAGAUCCAGCCACCUGCCGCUCUUCGUGCAGAUGAGCCCGCUGCGCUCGGACUGGAGCCACGCGGGGCUGAAGGGGGUCGUUCCCUCCGUGCUGCACUACAGCCUCCUGGGCUACAACUUCUUCAUCCCCGACGCCGUAGGAGGGAGCCUGGCUGGUGACACCCCAGGGGACCCGGAGCUGUACGUGCGGUGGCUGCAGGUCGUGACGUUUCUGCCCGUGAUGGCUUUCAGCACGCCGCCCUGGCUCUGCUGCGACGCCUGGGUGCUGAAUCUCACCCGGCAAUGCAUACAGAGGCACCGGGACUUCGUCGUGCCCCUCCUCAUAAAAUACAGCGAGGAAUGGCUUCGUUUGGGGUACCCCAUCUUCCGGCCGGCGUGGUGGCUCAGUCCCACGGAUCCGACCGCUUUUACCAUAGAGGAUGAAUUUCUCAUUGGAGAUGAGGUCCUGGUGGCCCCAAUCACAGAAAAAGGGCAAACGUGGAGAGACAUCUACCUGCCUGGAGAAGGGCACCUGUGGAUGGACACCAACACCGCCCGCGUGUUUGACGGAGGCACCGUCCUCCGGAAUUACUCCGCCAGCCUUGCGGAGGUGCCAGUUUUUGUGAAGACCUCCUAA